CCCUCUCUCUCGCUCUCUCUCUUUCCCUUUCCCUUUCCCAUCUUGUUCCCUCACUUACAGAUGUGACGCCAGGAGAGACGCAUUCUUAAUGGGAUUUUCCCGAAUUUUUCUCUGAUUACAUCUUCCUCGGGCUGCACACAGAUUUCAUUUUUUUAAAAAAAUUUCUCACACACAGAGGGACUCUCUCUUGCCGUGGAGGGGGGCAGCGGGUUUCCAUGGCUUCUUUGUCAGGCUGCGGUGGCGGCGCCUCCAGGCACUCGGGCAGUUCCUAGUUUUAAAUAUUGUUUUUCUCUAAAGAAUUAAUUCGGUUAGAAACUAUUUGGACUUUUCUCUGGGAACCGUUGCGGCGCGUUACCCUCGCCGUCUGAUUUUUAUUUUGGCUUAAAUCUAUAAAUUUGUAUACCUUUUUUCUGGAAAAAAAUUAUUUCAUUUAUAUAACCAAGUUUUUAAAAAAAAUUCUGUGUGUGUGUGUGUGUGUGGUUGUGAUAUGAUGCUUGAAAGAAAGCUGCAAGAGGUUUUCAAACGUUUUUCCUGACGGCGACGGUGUGGGUUUGGGUCCUCUUUAUUUGAUUUAGAGACUAGGUGCAAGUGUUUUGCGUGUGUGUUGUGUUUUUCACAUAAAUAUAUAUAUAUAUAAAAGGAAGCGAGUGACCGAGUUGCUGCAUUGCAGCCCCCUUUGGAAUAUUAUCUGUGCAAUGGCGACUCCCAGCUACAGCAACAACUCCAGCAGCUCAGCACAGCAGCAACAGAGUCAGCAGCAAAACACAACCACCUGCAUGCAGGGAGUUCAGCUAAGCGUCUGUGGAAAAGAGCAAAUUAAACGCAAAGCGUUGAAGUUGAAUUUUGCCAACCCUGCCUUCAAGACAACAGCAAGGCUUACAUUAAAUCCAACAGGAGGCGUUCACUUUCAGAACCCACACAUGUCCAGGCCCACCCAAAAACAGGGCCCAGACCUUGGAUCUUUGGAACUUUCAGCUCCUGUGGAUGAAGACUUCAUAUCAUUGGAAAUGAAACGAACAAGAGAGAGGCUGCGGACUCAUAGCAUUGAAUCCUCAGGGAAAUUGAAGAUCUCUCCAGAACAGUUGUAUGAUUUCACUGCGGAUGACCUCAAGGACCUUGGGGAAAUAGGACGUGGAGCCUACGGUUCUGUGAACAAAAUGGUCCAUAACCCAAGUGAGCAGGUUAUGGCAGUGAAACGAAUUCGAUCAACAGUGGAUGAGAAAGAGCAGAAACAGCUUUUGAUGGAUUUAGAUGUUGUAAUGAGGAGUAGUGAUUGUCCAUAUAUUGUUCAGUUCUAUGGUGCACUCUUCAGAGAGGGUGAUUGUUGGAUAUGUAUGGAGCUCAUGUCUACCUCAUUUGACAAAUUCUACAAAUAUGUAUAUGGUGCAUUAGAUGAUGUUAUCCCAGAGGAAAUUUUAGGCAAAAUCACAUUAGCUACUGUGAAAGCACUUAACUAUUUAAAAGAAAACUUGAAAAUAAUUCACCGAGAUAUCAAGCCUUCCAAUAUUCUUAUGGACAGAAAUGGCAAUAUUAAACUCUGUGAUUUUGGUAUUAGUGGACAACUAGUAGAUUCUAUUGCCAAAACGAGGGAUGCAGGAUGCCGACCAUACAUGGCACCUGAAAGAAUAGAUCCAAGUGCUUCAAGACAAGGCUAUGAUGUGCGGUCAGACGUUUGGAGUUUGGGAAUCACAUUAUAUGAGUUAGCCACUGGACGAUUCCCAUAUCCAAAAUGGAACAGUGUAUUUGAUCAGCUAACCCAGGUAGUAAAAGGUGAUCCUCCGCAACUCAGCAAUUCUGAGGAGAGGGAGUUUUCUCCCAGCUUCAUCAACUUUGUUAAUUUGUGCCUUACAAAGGAUGAGUCCAAAAGGCCAAAGUAUAAAGAGCUUCUGAAACAUUCUUUCAUCUCGAUGUAUGAGGAGCGCAGGGUGGACGUGGCAAGUUAUGUUAGCAAAAUCUUGGAUCAAAUGCCCCCUACUCCUGUUUCCCCAAUGUACGUUGAUUAAUUUUGCUGCUGAAAAGAUGGCCUUAAAACGGCUGAGAGAAAUCAAGGUGUAAAGAUUUGUUUUAUGACACAUUGCAGUGUUUCUAUUUUUAACUUGCUCAAACAGUGCAAUAAAAAUUGGUUAUUCCAUUUUCCUUGUGUCUGCCCACAAUUGUCCAUUCGAAGCAUCCUUCUCAUUGUAUCCAAGUCAUCACAAGAAUUUUACUGGACCUGAAAUAUUUAUUGCCUUUUUGGUAUAAACGUUGGAGGGUAUUCAGAAAUCAGAAAAUUGCUGGGACAUUGCUUAGCCACCGCUGGGAAGAGCGUGAAAAAAGGAGUUGACUCAAUACAAAUAGAAGAACAAAUGCUGGCAGCAUUAUCACAGUACAAUUUUGGAAAGACUGUCUUGGACUAGCUUUUCCCUCCAUUGCAUAGAAUAUUUUAGGCAGCACCCUCAAGGACUCUGAGAAUUCUGCUUUGUCUUCAGUGAAAGGAAACCUCGACAUGAACAGGAUACUUCGAACAAUAUUCCAGUGCAGUCAAGCAAGUUUGAAUUUUGCUCAACAAAGUGCAAUAGAUUUACUGAUUUUAAUUCUGUUGCUUUAUAGUUAGUGUAUAUCAUGGAGGAAUGAAUUCAUCUGUAUUUUACUGUUAAUAAAGUUUAAAUGAUUUUUUUUAAAUAAGUGCAAAAUUGAACAGCAUGUCUUUCACCAAAAAAAGUGUGGACUGAGGUUUGCAAUGAAAACAAAAUUGAUACAGGAAAGGUUUGAUGCAAAAAAGCUGACUUAUUCCCCUAAAAUCAAACUUUAAUUUGAGUUUGAUGACAUUCAUUGUCUAUUAGCUGUAACCAUUGAGAAAAUUGGCCAACUCAUCUGAGAAAAGUUGUUUAAUUGACUAUUAAAAUCUGCAGUAAAGACACUGGGCUAUCAUGUAACUUUGACCAGCAUGCUUUGAGUAAAGCAUGCUGGGAAAAAAAAUAAGCUGGAUUGAAGCAACAAAUGUUUUCCUGUUUAUCAGUCUGUAAAUGUACACAUUGAUGUCUUAGGAUUUUAGACUAAAGCAGGCUAUAUAUGGAUUAUGCAGUGAGCACCUAGCAGUGAUGUACUUAAAUGUUGCCCACCGACAGCUCAUACUGUGGCUCAACGUGCUAUUUUUUAUGGCAAAUUAUUUAUGCAAAAAUAAAUGUAUACCUGUGACUGCUGAAAACUUCGAGAAACGAAAAGUCCUCCAGGUUUAUCAGUAGUAUAUUGACACCAUUUGGCUAUGUGUUUAAUUAUUGGUUGUACUUGUCUGAUGAGGAAAAUACAAUUUAAUGGUAAGAGAAAUAAAUUAAACUGUUUGGAUGUUAGGUGCAGAGUCUUCCAUUUAGUUUGACAUCGUUGUGAGUACCCAGCUCCAGAGGGGCUGCAAGUCUGGAAGAAUUUUAUUGUUUCAGAUAAUUAUUAAAAAAAGUUUUAAUUUUAGCUACACAUGAAUCAGGACUUGCGCUAUACAAGAAAGGGUUCCUUGUAAGAUUCUAUUUUUCAUACCAACAUCUGUGGAGAGAAUGUUAGUUUUGUUUGAGGACAGGUGAUAGCUUUUGUAAUGGACAAGUAAACCCAAUAAGCGUCUCCUUUGUAAAUCAAAAUGUCACUAAAGUUUUAAAAAAUAUGCAAAAUUUUUGUUCCUCUAUCCUCCUUUCAUAAUUUAAGACAUGCUUCCCCUUCCCUCAACCUCCCAUCUCAGUUCAUUGUGUUCAAUUCUACUGGUGGAGAAAUUAACUUGAUUUUUAAAAAAAAAAGUCAAGAGACUUCUUCAAACUUCUCGAGUGGAAUGCCUGUAAAAUUGGCAGUUUAUACGUAUAUUAAUCUUAGAUUAUUAUCUAUUAAGGGUGAGGAAUAUAUUACAGUGUAUCUUUAAAAAGGUGUAUAAUGGUCACAAACUGUGAAAAUAGACUAAGAACUGUACAUUGUGAACUUUGGUUAAUUUCUCUUUCCUGUAUCAUAGAAAAUGUAUAAAAAUAUCAAAGCUGAUGUGCAGGGAUAUCGCCUUACUUGUCUGUGAAAAUGGAGCUCGCUGAGUAACAUCACCAUAGCAUUAUUUUACAGAGCUCGUGGAUAUUUCUUAUCCUGUAUACUGGUUUGACUUCUUCCUAUAUUUAAAACAUUAUAAAUGGAAUCUUAAAUAUUCAUAUAAUAGUUCUAUACUCUUGCCUGCAGGUCAGUUGUAAUAAAACUAGAACGUGACUGUGACCUUGUUCUUGUUUUGUAAGGUCUGAAACACACAAUUGCAAAAAUAAACUCCAAAUUGAAAUA